AUGGCAGAAGAGGAGGGCUUUGUAAGACCUGUUAAACCUCCUCAGCCAAAAUUUGAAAAUCAAAAUAUGUCUAUUUCCAAUCCGAGAAAGAAAUACCUUACUAGAUCAAGCGAGAAUUUUUUUUCUCCAAAAAAAGAAGAAGUUCUUUCAUCAUCCUCAGAAGAAGAUGAAGAUAUGGACUUCAAAUUUGAGUUAAAUGAGCUUGAAAAGAAAUAUAACGUUUAUCCUUCGAGUGAUGAAGAUAACGAAAAUGAAGAAGAGGAAGUAGACAGACUUUUACAAUUAAGAAGAGAAUAUACUAGAUUAGUAUCAGAAUUAAAGGAGCAAAAACAGAAAAUUUCAGCACAAAACCAAACAAAAUUAAAUGCUGACGUAAAAUAUAUGCGAGAAAUGAUAUUCUUUAUGAAUAAAUCCAUUGACCACCAAAUAUCACAGACAAAUUUGAAUAAAGGCAUCCUAAAUCAAAUGAAACAACCGAAUGAUUACUCAAUCAAGCUUAAUGAAAUAUCUAAACAAUCAGUAAAGAUAUUUUCUCUUGCUUAUGAACAAAUAGAUCUACUCCGAGGGAUAAUAGAAAGAUCUUCUAAUAAAUCUUUUGUUGAAAACGUCAACAUUGUUUUAUCAGAGAAAGAAGACGAAUUACAAAAGCUACAAGAACAGAAAGAAGAACUUGCAGCAGAAUUAGCAGAUUUGAAGGAAAAAUUCACAGCUCAAUCUGAAUUUAUUCAAAAACAGAAAUUUAAACGUGAAACAUCGAAGUUUGAGGAGCAACUUAUGAAAGAUUAUCGCGAAAAUCUACAAAAUAUAAGAGAUUUCUCCAAUUUAGCACUUACAGAGAUUGUUACUCCUCCAUCAUUUGCAAAACGAUCUGCUCCCACCACUAGAAAAUCAACAGCCAAACCAAUAAUCAGUUUCCCAAAGGUUGGGCAACAAAAUAAAAUCCGGAACGUUUCUCUCCCUCCUUUCACCAAAUUGCAAGGAUUUGGAGCCAAUAUGGACGACCCAGAUAGCUAUUCAGACGAAUAA